AUGGCAGAGCCUGUUGAUGCUGAACGCGCGCGACAGCUGUCGCUUUUCCGUCCCCUAGGCGCCUCAUACUACACUAGCUCAGUGGCUGUGAAGCCUGAGCACUAUGGGGAACUCAUCGAUCGUGGAUGGAGACGAUCGGGAACGCUUUACUACAAACAGAAUCUGCAACGAUCUUGCUGUCCUCACUACACACUAAGACUUGAGGCGUCCGAUUUUCGCCCCCGUCGCGACCAGAGAAAAGCCAUCAAUCGCUGGAACAAAUUCGUUCUCGGCCCUGAGUACAUGCGCAAAGUAGCUCGUUUGAGUCCUCGUUCCCGAGCAGAGAAGAAAUAUCGCAAGUGUAAUUUUGAUCUCCUGGCCGCGGUCCAUGAGAUCGAAUAUGAAAACCUGAAGCGGCCAAUUGACCCGGGCACAAAGCGAGCAUUAGAGCCCGCACAUCGCUUUGAAGUCAACAUUGAAGGCGAUUCGGUCUCGCAAGCGAAGUUUGAUUUGUUUCUGAGGUACCAGAUGAAAGUUCAUCAGGAAGACGUUUCUCGUUGGAAAAUAAAAGACUUCCAAAACUUUCUCUGUUCAGGCAUCAAGCGGUCCCCCGCUUCAUCCACGAAAAAAGAUGGCUCAGAGAAGAAACUUGGCUCGUGGCAUCAAUGCUAUCGCUUAGAUGGGAAACUUAUUGCUGUUGCGGUGCUGGACUUGGUGCCUAGCGGCGUGAGCUCAGUCUAUGUCUUCUACGAUCCUGAAUACGAACAGUGGGAAUUUGGAAAACUGACUGCAUUGCGUGAAAUCGCAUUCGCGAUCGAGAAUCAAUAUUCCUCCUACUAUAUGGGUUAUUACAUUCAUAGCUGCCAAAAGAUGCGUUACAAGGGAAACUAUCGCCCACAGUACAUCCUUGAUCCGGAAUCAUACGCAUGGGAUCCAUUAGAUGGCGAACUGUCCGAGAAACUAGACCAGAAAUCCUAUGUUUCUCUAUCACAAGAUCGUGCCUCUCGUGAAGGGGAAGAUUCAAAGCCAACCUCCGCGCUCGACCCUGACGUCAAUGAAGAGGAACUUUCCCUUUUUGAUAUCAACAUGCCCGGUGUUCUCACUCGAGACGAAGUAAAAGACUUGAGAUUGAGCCAAUGGUAUUUGCUGUAUCAUGGAACAUUCGUCCAAAUGAAUGACCUUGUUGGCUGGGAGGAUAUGCCGAUUGACAAUCCUCAAUCAUUAAGAGGUAUUAUAUCUGAAUUGGCGGCGGCUUUGGGCCCGUCAGUCGUGCGGAACAGUGCAGUGGUGCUUUUUGAUUGA